AAAGAGAAACCGGAUGAAACUAAAAAACUACAAUAGCGAAAAAUGCCGGUAUCGAAGUUCUUGUGAUGUUGGUAAACAUACGACGUCAACAAUCUGAUUAUUAGAUAGAACUGGGAGCUGACAAAUGGCAUCACCUUCAGCGUUACUGCAAGGAGCAGUUCGAGCUGCAUCCUAUAACAUUCUACUUCAGUUUGGGCUGAGAAUGUCAACAUUUGUCCUGAACGCAUUUAUUUUGCGCUAUAUUUCCCAAGACAUUCUUGGUGUAGUAAAUGUAAGAUUGACUUUGCUCUACUCAACCACGCUCUUCCUCUCUAAAGAAGCAUUUGAUCGAGCUUGUCUCAGCAAGUCUGUCAAGAGGGACUGGAGACAAGUAAUUAACCUGCUUUGGUGCACUUUCCCAGUUGCGGUUGUUUGGUGUUCAUGUUUGGGCUAUGUGUGGUUCUACUUUCUGGAGAAUCCUACCAAAACUUCUAACAUCUCACAUUAUGGGUUGGGUGUUUUCUGUUAUUCGCUCUCUACCAUAAUAGAAGUUCUGGCUGAGCCCUUGUUUGUAGUGGGACAAGCAUGUCUUUUCAUCAAGCUAAAAGUUGUUAUGCUAGGCAUAUCUCAAAGUGUUAAGUGCAUCACCACAGUUGUACUAGUUCUAGUAAGACCAGACUGGGGAAUCAUCAACUUCUCUAUAGCCCAGGUUGUCUCCAGUCUGACAUAUGUGCUGCUGUAUCAUGGCUACUUUUCACACUUCAUCAACUCUCACAAAAAGAAAGAUGAAGACUUUCCACUUCAAUCAAUACGAGACAUAUAUCCUAGGCUUCUAGAAGAUAAGCCUUAUAUUGAUAAUUCUCUAGCAAGCCUUACUUGGAGUUUUUUCAAACAGUCAUUUUUAAAACAGAUCCUUACAGAAGGUGAAAAAUUUGUGAUGACAUUUUUUGAUGUGCUGAGCUUUGCUGACCAAGGUGUUUAUGAUGUAAUCAACAACUUAGGUUCUUUGGCUGCUCGCUUCAUCUUCCUUCCCAUAGAAGAAAACAGCUACUUGUUCUUUUCACAGCUGUUGACAAGAGGUUUGCCAGUAGAUCAGCAAAACCAGGAUUCUACCAGAUUAUGUGCCAUAGUUUUGGGAGUUAUUCUCAAGAUUGUAACUAUAAUUGGAUCUAUUAUUUUAAUAUUUGGUUAUUCCAACGCCUACUUAGCACUUCAAAUAUAUGGUGGGGAAAUACUUACAGCUGGGAAUGGUCCAGUGUUGUUACGCUGGUAUUGCCUUUAUGUUCUUGUAAUUGCUAUAAACGGGAUCACAGAGGCUUUUGUGUUUGCAGCCAUGAGUAAAGAUGAAGUUGAUAGGUACAACAAAAAGAUGUUGAUGUUUUCUGCACUGUUUCUGUUUGCUUCCUGGCUCUUAACAACCCUGAUUGGGAGUGUUGGCUUUAUUUUGGCCAACUGCCUCAAUAUGACUGCACGUAUUAUACAUAGUUUAUGGUUUAUAAACGGCUAUUUUUUGGGCACAACUCACAGACCUUUGAGUGAUGUUGUUCCUUCUGUUCCAGUUCUACUUUCCUUACUUUUCUCGUUGGUUUUUACAGCAUUAUCUGAGAGAAUGUUUUGUCAAGAAACUUCUGGAUGGCAGCACAGAUUGGUCCAUGUUAGUUUCACAGGUGUUUGUUUAGUGCUUGUAUUGGCAACUGUCUUUUUCAAAGAGAACAAUGUUGUUAAAGUGGUAAAAGAGCAAAUAUUAAAAUCUAAAAAAUAAAUAUUGAAGAGUACUUUUG